CCAAUUAUCUGUCCAUCAGAUCGUUCCCUCAACAUUUGACCACCAUGGCAGGCGCAAGUGAUAAGGCACGCUUCUAUCUAGAGCAAUCGGUUCCAGAGCUUCAGGAACUCGAGCGCAAGCAAAUUUUUUCAAAGACCGAAAUUACUGCCAUCACCAAGAAGCGCUCCGACUUUGAGCACAAGUUGAAUGCGCGUGGCUCAUAUCCAGCCGACUACGCCCGCUAUGCAGAAUAUGAGAUGAACCUUGAGGCAUUACGACGAAAGCGGAUCAAGCGACUAGGAAUCAAGGGAGCCACAAAGCAUGUCGGUCAGCGACGGAUUUUUUUCAUCCUCGAUCGCGCGACACGAAAAUUUCACGGCGAUGUUGGGCUGUGGAUGCAGUACAUUGAAUACGCAAAGAAGGAGAAGUCGUACAAGAAGCUCUCACAGAUUUUGAGCAGCGUCCUACGAAUGCACCCAACGAAACCAGAACUGUGGCUUUAUGCUGCGCAAUCCGCCAUUGACCUAGAAGCCGACAUGACGGCUGCUCGCGGAUAUAUGCAACGAGGACUACGAUUCUGCAAAAAUUCAAAAACGCUAUGGCUCGAAUAUGCAAAGUUGGAGAUGAUUUACAUUGCCAAGAUUGCGGCUAGGCGAACUAUUUUAGGUCUGGACCAAGAACUGCAAAGAAAAGCAGAGGGGCCAUCGCUCGAUGACCAUGAUGCCGACAUGCUGGCUUUGCCCGAGAUCACGGCGGAAGAUAUUGAUCCAAGCCUUCGAAAAGACAACGACUUGGACCAAUUGGCUCGUCAAAAUCUGGAAUCAAUGCCUGCCUUCACAGGAGCGAUCCCUAUGGCCGUUUUCGACACCGGUAUGAAGCAGUUCCAGGAUGACGAUACCGUCGGUGAAAUGUUCUUCAACAUGUUUGCCGAGUUCGAGAAGCUGCCUUGCCUACCUACGAUUCUCCAGCACGUUGUCGACAGGAUGCUUGCGCACACACCCUUGAGCCCCUCCACUCUCACUUGCUACUGCAGGCAACCCAUUGUCGGCGUGGAUGUCGUUUCCGCCGAUUUUCCGGCCGCUCUCGGCGUGUCUAUUGAGAGGUUACGAGAGGCGUCACCCAAGGCAACAAACCAGGCGCGGUUUGCCGAGAAGUCCCUGGGCUGGCUUCUACCUCCUCUGGCUGUUGAAGAACUCGACACCAACAUCCGGAAGGUUAUCGCGGUUGUGGUUCGCCAAAGCAUCAGAUCCAUCGGAGGCGAAGGUGCUGAGCUGAAUGCCGAAAAGGUUGCAGCUCUGGGCGACAAGUUACAUGGAGCAGGACUCCAGGAAGAUGCGAUGCGGCUGUUGUCAAAGGGAAUUGAACUGUACGGUUCACAUGAUGGACUGCUGGCGAUACAGGACAAAAUCCAGCAGAGCCAAUAGCUCUGCGCCAAAGCCAAAACCUGUCUCUCCCUUUUUCGCUCGGCGUUGGUGUAGCAUAGGGUAUCUUUCUUUCUAAUAAUCUGAACCUUUAUUCCUUCGGGCACUCUUUUUAUCGCUACGGCCUUUUUUCAUUCGCAUCUUUGCUUCCUUUUCGGCUUGUUUUCUGUAGAUGAAAUUCCAGAGUUAGCUUGAUAUGGAUGUGUUUAUUUAUGCCAGUGACAUAGCUUUUGUCCUUACAAUCCUUUCACGCGUUCUCGCUGCUCAUCUGACGUCUCUCCGGGUAUGGUAUUCCGUGCAGCUUGCAAAAUCAAUUCGUGCAAUCUUCCAAAACAUUGGUUUGCAUUUUUGGCCUGACUUCGGGUGUCAUCGGCUUGAAUUAUCAGACUAUUCGAGUUUGGAGCGUAAUAGCGGGAGUCCUUGAUGCUGGC